UGGGCCUGCGCGGGGUGGGGCGGGCUCGCGCCAGCGGCCCCCGCCGGAGGGACAUCAGUUUCAAGCUAGAUGAGCGAACGGCUCACAGCAGCCUGGAUCUCUCCAAAAAAGGCACCAGCAUCGUUUACUGCAUGCUGGGGAUUGACCCAACCAAGGUCCCCCAGAACCCUGAGCGAUUUCGGGAGUGGGCAGUGGUGCUGGGGGAUGCUGCCUUGUCCAGCGGCCAGCACUACUGGGAAGUGACAGUCAAGCGUUCGCAGCAGUUCCGUAUCGGCGUGGCUGAUGUGGACAUUUCCAGGGAAGGGUGCAUUGGGCAUGACGACCACUCCUGGGUGUUUGCGUAUUCCCACCGCAGGUGGUACGUCAUGCUGUCCAACGAAACCACCCCCAUCCGCAACAUCGGCAACCCCGAGCGCGUAGGGCUGCUCCUGGACUACGAGGGCAGGAAGCUCAGCCUGGUGGACGUAGGCAAGCAGGUGUUAAUCCAUACCCUGGCCACGGAGUUCCAGGGGCCUGUGGUGCCUGCGUUUGCUCUCUGGGAUGGGGAGCUGCUAACUCAUUCUGGGUUGGAUGUGCCCAAGAACCUCCAGGACAGUUAACGGUCAACCCCAGAGCCUGGGAUGUCUGGACAUGUCCUUCUGUAGGGAAACCCUUCCACGAUGCUUCAGCGUGAGGCAGAGAAAGGGAUUUGUCAGUCCCCUCACCCUGCUUGGCCCAGAGGGGGCGCUCUCCAGGCAGCUCGAGAGCUUGCUUUCCCCUUGGGAAGGAGCAGUCCCUGCUCAGCCCCAGCUGGGAACCCUGGAGCAGAGAAGACCCCCGCUGCCCGGGGGAUCAGGCAAUCCUGGACUUGUUUCCCUUCUCCAUCUCAGCUGGUCCUUAGGAGCUUUAUGGGCAUCUGCCACUCCUGUGCCAAAUGCCCUGCCGACCCCUGCGCCAGCCUCACCCAGUGCCCCGUUUGGCAGAUUUGGAUUUGAAUGACAUGAGGAUUUGCUGGAGGGAGCGAAGUGUCACUGUUGCCCCCUUCUAUCUCAGGGAGGGGAGGACAGUUGGGCUGCACCCAAACCUCUCUGGAAACCUAGAUCCCGUUCCCCUCCUGUGUCGGCAAAUGAGGCUGUUACGCUUCUGUUUCCACAAGUGCUUUAUUAAUACACAGCCCAGGAACCAGCUCCCUCUUCUCCCACAGCAUCCCUCCCAAAGCUGUCCUCACUCCCCCGCCCCACUGCCUAGAGCCAAUCAGCAGGCCCCAGGGACGAGCAGCCAAACAGCCUGGGGCCGAUGCUGCCACAUGGCUGUUCCUAGGUGCAGGGGAAACCCAGAAAGGUGCAUUAGUUUGGGCAGGGACUUUGUGUCUGUAGCUUUGCUCUCAGCCAUGGCUUGUCUGGCUUAGCUGGGGGAGAGGGAACAGUGCUACCCCCCCACCCCAUUUGCCUCUGCCCCGUCACAAUCCUCCAGGACAGGGGUGGCCGACCUGAGGCUGAGAAGGAGCCAGAAUUUACCAAUGUUCAUUGCCAAAGAGCCACAGUAACAUGUCAGCAGCCCCCCAUUAGUUUCCCCCACGUCCCCCACCCGCCAGCAGGACCUAACCCUCCUUUCCGGUGCCUCCCGCCCGCCACAAUGAGCUGUUGUGUGGUGUGCAGGAGGCUCGGGGGGCAGGGGGGAGGAGGAUGAACAAGGGUGCCGCAGA